AUGGUUGAUUUUUUAAACAGCCAUUCUGAUUUGUUAAAAAGCAAACAUUCAGCCACUUUUACACAAAAUAUUGCCACAAAACAAUGGCAAGAAUUAACAGAUUUGUUAAAUUCAAUCCCAGGGCCAAUAAAAGACUGGAAAGCCUGGCGUAGAACAUGGCAAGAUCUUAAAGCUGAGGCAAAAAAAAAACAAGCACAGCUCAACAAAAGCUUGAAAGUUACCGGUGGAGGGCCAUCAACUGCUGACCCACUAGAUAAUUUUAGUGAAACUGUGGUCACCCUAAUAGGAGAGGUACCAAUCACUGGUGACCCUUUAAUAACAGAGUCGAAGGUUUCCUUUGAUUUUGGCAGUAAAUCAAAUAUAAAAUCUAUACCUAUAAUAGCAUCCUCUAUGAACAGUGUGAACACUGGAUUUGAAGAAACUGCUUCAAAUAAUAAUGCUUUUGAUUCUAUUCAAAUUGUUGAAGAAACUAAAUGUCAACCCUCAACUUCAACCUCGUAUAAUAAUAGUUCGAUAGAUUUAGAGUUAGCCACAAAUACAGCGAAUACCACUAACAAAAGGAAAUUUGAAGGGUCUGUUAAAGAAACAAUGACCAAAAAAGAUCGUCUACAGCACACUUUUAGAGCUCAAGAAGAGCUGUCAAUCGCCACUAAUGACAGAAAUAACGAAGUACAGCCGCAAAAGAAAGAAGUGCAGCAGCACAAGAAAGUAUUGCUGAAGCUUUAA